UGGCUCCGGAAAGGUAAAGCAGCACUCCAAAGAUGGCUGGGAUGUUUGAGGUGGAAGUUGGUGUUGUGGAGCACGAUCAUGGACUGGGGCAUAAUGAGGAACCGAAUCGGGUUGACAUGUCCAAGCUGUCACCAGAAGAGAAAUGGAGAGUGGAGCAUGCUAAAAUGCACGCCAAACACAAAGGCCAUGAGGCCAUGCACGCUGAGAUGGUGCUGAUCCUGAUUGUCACCCUGGUCAUUGCCCAGCUAGUUCUCGUGCAGUGGAAACAGAGGCAUCCCAAAUCAUACAACCUGGUGACUCUGUUCCAGAUGUGGGUAGUUCCUCUCUACUUUACGACCAAACUUCACUGGUGGAGGUUCCUGACCACGUGGUUUAUCUUCUCUGUCAUCACAGCGUACGUCUCUUACCGUGCCACUCGCAAGCCGCUGGCCUGCACCACACCAAGGUUGGUGUAUAAAUGGUUUCUUCUUCUCUACAAGAUCAGCUACGCCACAGGAAUAGCUGGCUACACGGUUGUCAUGUUUACACUUUUUGGUAUUAACUUAAUAUUCAGGAUAAAGCCAGAGGACUCAAUGGACUUUGGUGUUUCUCUGCUCUUUUAUGGUCUUUACUAUGGAGUCCUGGCAAGGGACUUUGCAGAAAUGUGUGCAGAUUUUAUGGCUUCAACCAUCGGGUAUUACAGUGCAUCUGGGAUGCCCACCAAGCACCUGUCUGAUGAUAUCUGUGCCGUGUGCGGUCAGCCCAUCCUUGUGGAUGUCAGUGAAGAGGGGAUUAUUGAGAACACGUACAGAUUGUCCUGCAACCAUGUGUUCCAUGAGUUUUGCAUAAGAGGGUGGUGCAUCGUUGGGAAGAAGCAGAUGUGUCCAUACUGUAAAGAGAAGGUGGAUCUGAAGAGGAUGUUUAGUAAUCCCUGGGAGAGGCCCCACGUGAUGUAUGGACAGCUUUUGGACUGGCUGCGGUACUUAGUAGCCUGGCAGCCUGUCAUUAUUGGAUUUGUACAAGGCAUCAACUAUAUCCUGGGUCUGGAGUGACUGCAAGUGUCAAAAAAUGGACAUAAACGCCAGACACUGCGAUGAUGUACCAGCUCAAAGGGUCGAGAGCCUAAUAUUGAACUCAAAUAAAACUUGUCUAUAUGUACUAUAUAUUUAUAUGCACAGUAUCUGCAUUUGAAUUGUAUUGGUAAUCUCAAUUUUGAUGUCUGUCUGAAUUCCCCGUUUGUCUCAGACACUUUAACAUUUGGUUUGUGCAUCUUUUGUUUUCAGUAAACUGGUUCUCAAAAUCA